UUGCUUAAUUGCAGCAGAGAGAACUUGGACAGCAUUCCAGCCCUCGCCAACAACCCCAUCAGAAAGCAAAUUGUUGAGGCCUUCUUUGACAAAAGGAACCAGCACGAGAACAAGGUGGGCUCCUUUGAGGAGAUCGGCUUCGAGCAGUUCCUCAUGGUCAUGUCCCACUUCCGCCCUCCGACCUUAAAAACCACCGACGAGGAGAAGGAAACUCUGAGGAAGGAGAAACUUCGCUUGAGGCUUCUACACACCAAAAAGCUCUUCGUUUGGGUGGUGGAGGAGCUCCUGUCCAAAAGCGGCGCCAUCGGUCAGGAGGCGGCCAGGGCCAUAGCGGACGCCGCCAUGCUGGAGGUGGCCAGCACCAACGUGCCCCACAUGGCUCCAGACGACUUUUACGAGGGAAUAACGUUUGAGCAUUUUGAACAGAUCCUGAAGGGCCUGGAGAUGGAGUCCAGGAUGCACAUUCGCUUUCUGGACGUGGACACCACCACCAUGCGCUGUGGGAAGUCCAGCUCCUGA